CUGAAUGGCCACACUGCCGCAAAUCGGUGCCGUGUGCAAAUGGAACAACGUUGUAAGUCAAUGAGCGGGCGCGAUAAUUUAAAAGUCGGCUAUUUUUAGGAAACAAACAACUUUCCCGGGUCAACUCAAACAACGUUACUCACUACAAUUUGGUGCCGUGUGCAAAUCCGAACAACACCGUUGUUCGAGAAACGGGCGAAAUGUUUUGUAAGUCGUCUAUUUUUAGAUAAUAAACAACAUUACCGUGUUGUUUCGGGAAUGUUGUUUUGCACACGGUCAACGUUGAGAACUAUAAAACAACAGCGUUGCUGGGGUAUGGGCAGUGCCAAGUAUCGUGUUGUUUUGUAUACACAUCAACCCAAAAAAUGACUUCAGUUGAAAAAACCUACAAUCCUACCCAAGAGGUAUUCUGCAAGAAUGAUUCGGUUGGAGAAAAUUGUUGCAAGAAAGAUAAUUCUAGAAAAUGUCGUGAAAAGUGCGAAACUAAUUGCCCGAAAACUAACUGUGGAAGAUGCUGCAAGGAAAAGAACUGUUGCUCAUUACAAAAGGACUGUUGCAGUAAAAAUGACUGUUGUACAAAAGAACAAAAUAAAUGUUGUAUGAGAACCGAUUGUUGCGUCAGAAGUGAGAAAUGCUGCCAGGAAAAUGAAUGUUGCUACAAAGAAGUUGAUCCCACAUGUAGAAAAUGCUGCAACACACAAGAAUGCUGUCAAAACAAAACUGUCCAAGAAAAAUGCUGUUAAGAAUGAAUAUGAUGAAUUAGCUAUAUGGUUCUUAUAAAAUAUGUUUGUUAAUUAUAAAUUAAUUUAUUAUUUAAAAAUGGUGGUUUAUUUUUUU